AUGCAGCAACUAACCAGUCCCCCAAAGUCUACAAUACACAAACAUUUCCAAACUAAAAAAAAAAGAAGUGUAGUUGAUCAAAAGCAUAAGAGCACCUCCCCAAAUUGCUCUUCAGAAUUUUUAUUAUCCUGGUUUGAAGACUCGAAUGCUAUUGUUUAUUCUAAUAUGACAGCAAUUCCAAGUGUACAGAUCAAGUAG